AGCAGGGGUCCCAGGGGCAUCAACAAAGAUCGGAGGCUGUUACUUGGCCAUACACAGUAGAGGCUUUACAAGUUCACCUGCCGACAACAUUUUCUCCUUUCCACGACUUGGUCAUGUAGCCGACUCCCACAUCCUCGUUGAACAAUGCAGCGCACUCAGCAAUCCUCAAUCCGCUCCUUCUUUCAACCGCGACGCCAGCCUGAAUAUACUGCCCCGCCAUCGACUGCCCCGCCGCAACACAACAAUGCUACGACACAGCAAACAUCAACACCACCGCCGCCACCACCACCACCCCCCCCCCCUCCGCCUCCGGAUUCGGCCGCGGUACAGCCCGUGACAAUACCAAUUACCCUUCCCCCGAACGGUGUCCCGGUCCUCCCAUCACCGCCGUCCAUCCCCUCGGGCGCAACCAUUGUGCCGCUAGCGGAAGAACACGUACCCGCUUUGCGGCGCAUCAACUCCCUGCUUCUCCCGGUCCCUUACCCGGACUCAUUCUAUGCCAGGGCUCUUGAGCCUCUUUCAUCGGGCCUCUUCUCGCGUGCCAUUCUCUGGCAGGACUCCGACGCGGACACGCCCAAGGUCAUCGGCGGUCUAAUCUGCCGUCUCGAGCCGAACCCGUUCCUCGACGCCCAAGGCAGACCGCUCCCCCAACCCUCCGUCCCUACGCACUCUCAGAAGCCGUCCAGCGUACCUCCCGACACGCCGUACCACGCAAUCUACAUCCAAUCCCUCGCCCUGCUCUCCCCCUACCGUUCCCUCGGCCUCGCCGCCGCCGCGCUCGAGCACAUCAUCGCAAGCGCCAGCCUCCUCCCGGAAGCCGGCAGCAACAUCGACGCCCGGACUAUAUAUGCCCACGUCUGGACCGAGAACAAGGAGGGUCUCAGGUGGUACGAGGCGCGCGGGUUCGCCCGCGAGGGCAGCGAGCCGGUCAAGGGGUACUACUUCAAGCUGCGGCCUGACUCGGCGUGGGUUGUGCGCCGGCACAUUGGGCCCGCAGCUGCCGCUGCCGCUGCCGCUGCCGCUGCCUCUGCCGCAAGCACGCGCGCGUCUGAGACCGCGUCGGGCAUCACAGUCACUGGCCCGCACGGCGCCGAUACGAAGCCGUCUUCCGCCGCCUCAGCUGCUGCAUCGCAGCCUCACCCUCCCGAGUCCGUCCUCGCAGCAGCCGUCAAUCUCCCCCCGAUAUCCUCGGCGCCGCUAGCAGCACCACCAACAACUGCAGCACCAGCUGCAGCACCAGCUGCAGCCGCAGCAGCCGCACAUGCCACAGCGUCCGCGACCACCACCCGGAACUCCUCCAACCCGCCACCACCGCCCACGCGCUGCCUCGCAGCAGCCGCGUCACCCUCCCCCGCCCCCUCCACUACGUCAACAGCAGCAUCGUCGGCGUCAUCAUCGGUGUCGAUCUCGUACCAGAACACGCGCCCGCAGACAGAGUGGAACGACCUGCCCCCGGACAUGGUCGUGCCCAGCUCGAACGGCGGCGGUAAGAGGAAGACAGGCGGCAGCAGCAGCAGCAGCAGCAGCAGCACCACCGACCUGCAGGGGCUGUUGAGUCCCAACAGCCAUGCCGGGGCGGGAGCCGCGUCGGGGGCGAGCAGCGGUUCGCGGAGCAGCUCGACGGCUAGGAAGAAGAGGGAAAGGACGUAUCCUUCCGCUGCGUUUGGGGCAUAGUUUUGGACAAAUAUUACGGGAAGGGAUGGGGAAUGGUGGGAGUUGGGUUAUGUAUGGGUCGAGAAACCGGGUAGUUUAGCGUUGAGGUUGUUGGGAUUGAGUUGGGUCAUUUCAGAUCGGAGACAG